AUGGAACACGAGGCGUCCCAGCUAGAAAAACGGCAUGUCCACCAGGUCUAUGAAAGUACCGCCUCUUAUUUCAAUGACUUGCAAGGCAAAGCGUGGCCUCGCGUCCGGCAGUUUUUACUUGAACAGAAGCCUGGCAGCCUGAUUGCAGAUAUUGGUUGUGGGACUGGAAAAUAUCUUGACGUCAACCACCUGGUAUAUAAUCUUGGAUGCGAUUACUGUGGCCCCUUAAUCGAGAUUGCAAGAAAUAAAGGCUGUGAAGUAAUGAUCUGUGAUAACCUACACCUCCCUUUUCGGGAUCUGUGCUUCAACGCCAUCAUCUCCGUGGGAGUGAUUCAUCAUUUCUCCACGAAACAAAGACGAAUCCAGGCAAUCCAAGAAAUGGUCAGGGUGCUGGUACCCGGUGGCCAAAUGAUGAUUUACGUCUGGGCUAUGGAGCAAAAAACCCGGCAUUUUGAGAAACAGGAUGUAUUUGUUCCUUGGAACAAAGCCUUGUGUUCCCAGUUGCUUUCAGGAUCCAAUAAACCCGGGCCUAACACAGAUACUGUGCCCCCCGUGGAAUCUCAGAAGACGCCCUCAAAACCACCGACGGGAUCCAAAUACAGUCAGCGUGGUCCCCUUGAUCAGAAACCCCCUCUGAGAUUAGGUAACUGCCUCCCCGGAUCCUGCUGCGUGAAAAUUUCUCAAAACGAAGAAAAACGAUUUUACGGGGCCCUGGGGCGAUCUUUCCAUUCUUGGUUUUCCUCCAGGUCCCUCGACGAGUCCGCCUUAAGAAAGCCCAUUGAGAAGAUGGAUCCCUUGAAGGAUGCGGUGGGGUGGACAAGCAACGCCAUUUCGGUCCAGCCCCUCAGGCACUGCAGCAUAGACUUAGGGUGUCAGUCAGCACUGCUGGAAGAACGCCAGCUAGAUCCCUAUGACGAUGUGUUUACAAAGUGUGUGGCCUGUAAACAAAUCCAGUGGCUGGCGGCUUCAGGGUCCCUGAGGGGUUUUGACGGGGAGCCAGCUACCUUAAUCCAACACCGCAAUGGGGAAACCUCGUUUCUAAGGAGUUCUAAGGAAAACAUCAAGAACAGCUGUCGCCAUCAAAGCAACAGUCACUCCUUUGCGGGAAAACCCUUCAAAAGGAUUUCCUCCGUCAGCUCUAGCGAGUCUGUGGUAGAAUCAGCAGUGGCGGUAGGAGACUGUGCGGUUAACGGGCAGGAUCCCCAAGCCUUUAUGCGCUAUUACCAUGUCUUUCGCGAAGGGGAGCUGUGCUCUCUGUUGGAAGAAAACGUUCCUGAGGUUCGCAUAGUAAGUUCGAGCUACGACCACGGCAACUGGUGCAUUAUUGCGAAGAAAACAAAUAAGCAACAGCUGAACUGUUAGGCUUCCCGAAACCCCGAUCGAAGGAACGUUUGCCAGCCUUUUUUAAAAUCACCCAUUCUGUCUGCACUGGUACAGUUUGAAUGCAAAGAUGCCACGAUGAAAGGAUUAGCACUUAACGCUUUGUUGAAAAACAAGCUUUUUUUAUUUUUAUUUUUUGUACAAAUGCCCAUCCUCAGUUCAUGUUGCUUUUAGGAAACGUGAGAGGGAGGGGUUUUGGUUUUUUUGAAGUGUUUUUAUAAAUAAAA